GAGCUCGUAUCUCUUUAUCCAACCCAUGCCUGCAAAGAGUUCAACUACAUCUUUCCACUACUCCAACAGAACUGCGGUUUUAGAGCAGACAACAUUCCACAACUCCAAGACGUUUCUGACUUCCUUAAAGACUGCACUGGCUUCACACUGCGUCCUGUGGCCGGCCUUCUUUCAUCUCGGGACUUCUUAGCCGGCCUUGCCUUCCGAGUCUUCCAUUCCACACAGUAUAUACGCCACCAUUCUACUCCCAAGUAUACUCCCGAACCAGAUAUCUGCCAUGAGUUGCUCGGUCAUGUUCCUCUCUUUGCUGAUCUGGAAUUUGCCCAGUUCUCACAAGAAAUCGGUUUGGCAAGUCUCGGAGCCUCCGAUGAAGUCAUCAAGCAACUGGCUACGCUCUACUGGUUCACGAUCGAGUUCGGGAUUUGCCUGCAGAACGGUGAGAAGAAAGCGUACGGUGCUGGACUCCUUUCUUCCUUUGGUGAACUACAGUAUUCCCUUAGUGACAAGGUAAGAUACCAUUUUGAACAGGUACCACUAGGGAAUAACCUUGGAUUGCAGCCAAAUGUAGCCCCAUUCGAUCCAGCAGUCACCGCCACAACUGACUCACGAGCCCCUUUGACUCUCGUUGAGCUGAACGCGUAG